GAUAGAGCUCCGUCAUAGCAACAACCAAUCAGAGCUAUCCCGCAUAACGCAUCCCGCACGAGUUCAGUGUGCCCUGUGCACAUGAUACGGAAUUUAGCAGAAAAAUUGGUUACAGAAUUCAAAAAUAUUUUUUCAAGUUGUAAAUUGUAUUGACAAAGUUUUUAAAAAUGUGAAGACAAAGAUAAAAUUAACAUUAAAGAGUAUUAUACAUUUCGUGAAUCAAUGAAAUAUCGUAUAAAAAGCAUUAUUUCUUAAUUUAUGUUUUCACGUAGGCGCGUCAUAACCCCCUUUUCCCGGACCAUGUGCACAGGGCACACAAAAAUUUUGCGUGAUACGUGAUGCGUCUUGAUCUUGUAUUUGUUUGUAUCAGUGUCUUGGCUCUGCUAUAAGAAAUAUAAAUAAUAAAAAUAAUGGAAAGUAAAUUAAUGAUGGUAGAGAAAGCUAUGAUACCAUUAUUGAAAAUAUACAUGAAGACUCCGAUAACACCUUUUCGAAAAGAAAAGGUUAGAUUAACUUUAAUAAAAUUAUUAACAAUGCACAUAAUUUUAUCUGAAAAGAAGAAAAAGAAACGUAGCAUGUGGGUCAGACCAAUCUAUACGGUGCAACAGCGCUUUUUCCAAGGUGAUAGUGAUAAUUUGAUUUCGAUGAUGAGAACACAUGACCCUUCGCUCCACUUCAAUUAUUUAAGAAUGGAUGCGAAUAUUUUUGACGAGCUUCUUAUAAUUGUGGCUCCUGCAAUUGAAAAGCAGAUAGCUGUUAGAGAGCCAAUUCCUGCUUACACAAGGCUACAGAUUUGUUUACGAUAUUUAGCCAGCGGAGACAGCAUAAAAUCAGUGGGAUAUGCUUUUCGUGUCUCUCCUAACACAGUAUCACAAAUUGUUCAUGAAACUUGUCAUGCAAUUUGGUGCCAUUUAAAAGACGUAGUCCUACGAGUUCCUAAUAAAGAAGAAUGGAUGAAAAUUGCUAAAGAUUUUGAGGAAAUGUGGCAAUUUAUUCAUUGCAUAGGGGCAAUUGAUGGAAAGCAUAUUGUAUUACAGUCUCCUCCUCAUAGUGGCUCCAAAUAUUACAAUUAUAAAAAAGCGCAUAGUAUCAACUUCACAGGUGUUGCUGAUGCCCACUAUCGCUUUAUACUAGUAGAUGUUGGGAAAGAAGGUCGUUGUAGUGACGGUGGAGUAUUUACGAAUAGUCCUAUAAAAAAUGGGCUAGAAACUAAUACUUUGGACAUACCUCCAACUGCAGAAGUUGGUGGAAGGAGACUACCAUAUUCUCUAAUUGCUGAUGAAGCGUACCCUCUUUCCAAAUAUUUGAUGCGCCCUUAUCCGAGAAGUUCAAACCUUGAUUUAAAAAAGAAAGUUUUUAACUAUCGUUUGAGCCGAGCAAGAAGAGUGGUUGAAAGUGCUUUCGGAAUUUUGGCAGCGCGAUGGCGAAUUUUUAGACGGCCAAUAAAUAUUGACGUUUCAAGAGCCGAAAAAUUAGUAUUGGCCACAAUUUGCCUACACAAUUUCAUUAUUACAAGGGAACUUCAAAAACCACCUCAACAGAGACGUUAUUUACAGUAUAAUGAAUACGACGAACAACUUGCAUCGUAUAUUAGACCAAAUAUAAUAAAUAGCACUAAUGAAGAAAUGAUUUCAGGAGGAAAUUUAGGCGGUAUUUAUCGAGAUAGAUUUGCUGAAUAUUUUUUUAACGAAGGUGCUGUAGAAUGGCAGUGGGAUAAAGCUGCAAAUAAUGACUUUUAACUAGUUCUAAUUAAGUUAAAAUCAAUAAACAACGUAUGUUUAUUAAUGUUUCAAUCAACUGAUUCUCAUUUUUUAAAAAUUCAAGAGUUCUAUUUCACAAAAAAAUGU